AUGCAAAAGGAAACAGCCGGUACGGAGCUUCUCAACCACAAUGCUUGCACAAUCUGUCUUUGUGCUUUUCCUCACCGUUUCAGCUUUAGGCGUCUGGUCAGCCUCAGGUUUCAAUAAGGUUCAAAAUGGGUCACUGUCUUCUGAUAAUCGUUCUCCUGAAACAUCAGAAGAAAAUUGCAGCUACUACAAAGUUUUGGAAUACUUGAACCUGACCAAAGACAAAGACCUGUUUGCCAUGAUCCGGCCUGUUAAAAACCACAGACGUGUAACACGAGUGUACAUCAAAAUGAUCCUUUAUGCAAUUCUAGAUGUGAGAGAAGUUGAUCAAACUUUUGUAUCAUAUGUCUGGAUUUACAUGAAAUGGUUCAAUGAAUAUAUUAAAUGGAAACCCAAAGACCUUUGUGGAAUAAGAAAUUUUACAGUUCCAAAUCAGGUUUUAUGGAAACCUGAUCUGACAAUUGAGGAGAUGAUAGAGAAGGACAAAGCGCCACCAAGUCCUCUUCUUCAAAUAGAUAAUCAUGGUUACGUAGUUUAUAAGAAUGAUCAAGUGAUCAUCAGCACCUGCCAGAUGCACGUUUACAGAUUCCCCUUUGACACUCAGAGCUGUACUAUCACCUUCAAGUCAAUCUUUCACAGGGAUUACGAAAUAAGUUUGUCUGUGUAUACAAACAAUACAGAAAUCACAAAGUGGUCGCGUGACAACAUGCGGGCGCAGUACGAGUGGGUGUUCAAAAACAUAACAGUCCAGAAGAAAACUGAAGACAGUUUGGGCUACAACAAAACAUCAGUUAUUUACACUAUCAGCAUGAGCAGGCGAUCAACCCUCUAUUGUUUCAAUUUUUUGGUUCCCAUCUUGUUUCUCAUCAUCCUGGAUAUGGCCUCUUUGCUCAUUCCGGAUAAUGGAGGCGAGAAACUCAGCUUCAAAGUCACAGUACUGCUCGCUGUGACGGUGAUGCAGCUUAUUCUUAAUGAGAUUCUGCCAUCCUCAACGGAAACGAUUCCACUUGUAGUUCUCUACUGUAUUGGAGUAUUUGGUCUGAUGCUGCUCAGCGUAAUAGAGACAAUUGUGGUCAUGCAUUUGAUGGAGAAAGACUCAGAAUCCCAAGAAAGUGAAGGAGACCCAGCUCUCAAUGCAGAGCAAAAUGACGAGAAAAUUAAAGUCAACUGCAGAAAUAGUCUUACAGUAAUGCAGAAAUGCUGUUUGUCUGCAGCCAUCCACGAUGACGAGACUGAUCAAAACACACCUUCACCCAAAAAGGACAGCAGCAGUCAGCGGUUGGAUGUUUCCUUGGCCCUGGAUCUGUUUUCUCAUGAGCUGGAUGAGGUGAAGAAAACUGUGUCUCUGCUCAGCAGCAGGAGGGAAAAUAUUGGUUACUGGACCAAACUAUCACAAAAAAUCCACAAAAUCUUCACUGUUUUUUAUGUUGGAGGUGUCGUCCUGUUUUUGAUUACUAUUUCUAUGCUGUGGAUCGUAGCAGACGACGAUUAAAAUGUAGUAAACUAAAAAUAAGGGCACUGCAUUGGUGUCCCGACAAGCCAGAAUUGUGCCCUAAAAUUUCUACUUUGGCUGUUUUUAGUCCUUUGUAUAAAUUAUAUUUGCCUCAUUUAAUCCAAGUGAUUACAUCAUCAUCCAUGUAGGUAUUUACUCAUAUUUGCAAGAGGUUUGACGCUGUUCUUCAUUAAUCCUCCACACAAUGAUAUUCAUUAUAAAGUCAUUUAUGGGAAAAAUGAAAAUGAAAUUAUAUUGUAUUUUUAAGUUCUUCAGUUUCUAGUGUGUUGGAGGGAAGUAAGUAGAAGUACUUGUUCAAAACACAAACAAAAACCCAUGUGUGGCAGAAUCAUGGUGUCACUAUUGACUAUGGAAAAAGAUGACAGUUCAUCUGUAAAAUCAAUUCCAUGUUUGCUGACAAAGCAAUCUGUAGUUUUACUGCUCCAAAUUGAACAAUAAAUAAAAACAAAAUGUACAGAUCAUCAAGAAAAUCCAGUUUUCUGGAGGAUUCUUGUCAUCAGGCUAUAUGGAGGAAUUUCCUCCCACCGAGUAACAGUAGAAAACUUGUUUAAUAUAUUGUGUUUCUAUUAGUUUAUUAUGCGCUUUAUCAAAACCAGUCGUUCUGUAAUGUAUUAAAUGCAUUUCAAAAAUAGAUCCCAUGUAUCCAUGUAUAAUGGACUAUUCUGUAAUAUGGAAUUUUUUGGAGAGGACCACAAAUGGAGUACCAAUUGUGUAAAUAAAGCCAACAGAAUAAAGUUUUGAAUGAUCAAAAAUGA